AUGGCUGCUUCUGACUUCAGUACAAGCAAUCAGUAUACUGCAAUGUCGACAGGUGCAGGAGCUCGGAAUGCAGACGUAUCUCACCCGUGGUGUCCAGCUGCGCCGUCAUACCCACCUCAGCAACAACAGCAACAACAGCAACAAGAGCGACAAUGGCGACAAGAGCUGAAUCAGACGUUUCCUCAGCAUAAUUUCAGUCACCUCUUGCCACCGCCGCCACUGUACAGCAGCAGUCCAUACGGUCACCCACGAGCCCAGUAUCUCCCCUCUCCGUAUGCCAGCUAUGACGGCCAGCAUCCUUUGGCAAUGCAUUAUCCACAGUCUACCUUCAGCUAUCCACCACACCCACCGAGACUUCCCCCAGCAAUACGAAGUGGCCGUGUGGAAGAGCUCCUUGACCGGCCUUGCCCUGAUGUGUAUCACGGAGGAAGUGCAAGUCAUGGCACCUAUCACACAUGGCCUCAGGGUCUACCUCCAUCCGCGUCUGGCCGUUGUCCUGCGUGGAGAUCGCCUCAGCCAGCUGCAAUGACCGUGGACACGCCGAAUCUGCCGCAUGACAGGGGUCAGCCUGUCCAGGGAUUUGGUAUUGGGAGUAGUGGUAUGCAGCAGUCUCAGCAGAUCUAUCCGCCGCACCCAAGGCUGCCGGUGUCGAAUCAACCUCCACAAUUGCGGCAGAACCAGGGACUACAGUCUACUCGUACAAAUGUCAUCCGUCAUGACGGACAUACAGAAGUGCAGGAUCCUAGUGGACAAAUCCGCCGCUCAGAUCGUAGCUCAUCUCCACGUACUUCCGCCCGUCGAAGUUUCGACCGAUACUCUGGAGAUAUGACAAAUUCUAGCACCUCCUCUGAUGCAGAAGAAGCUGCAGCUCGAUCGCCGCCCGCCAAUCGCAUGAGGCGUGCACCGAGGGAAGGUCGACCGCGAUUCUACGGCCAGGUCCACGAUCCCAACGUGAUCAUUGGUCGCCAGAUCAAAGAGCUCAAGGCAAGUCUGGUCAAGUACCUCCUUGGCCAAUUGCCGGAAGUCACAUCCCCGACAUGCGAUAUCUGCGCAAAGGACUACUCGGCGACAAGUGUGCAGCCCUCAGAGGAGAAAGAAAUCGCCGUCAUGCUACCCUGCGGCCACGUCUUUGGGGAGUUUUGCAUCGAUCAAUGGUUCGACACAUGCAAAACGCACAAAAAUAAGAUUACAUGUCCAAUGUGCCGCAAGCAGCUUGUCGCACCUCCACCAUCACCGUAUAGGAGAGGCUACUACAUCAGCGCAAUGUCGUACCCACUCGCCGCUCGCAGUUCACGACCGUUCGAAGAACCGACGGCCAGCGACUUCCAGCCAGCGCAUUAUGCACGCGUGUGA